AUGAUGAAUAUGUGUUUUCUAAAAUAAUAUAACAUUGUCAAAUAUGACUGCUAAUUUUGUACAUCAUUUAGAAUAUAUUGUAUUUUGACCAAAUCAAUUUUACUAACAACUAAUAAAAUUUCACAAAACUUCAUAUACUCUGAACUUGGCUGGGCUGAACAUGACAUCAGCUCUACCCUAUUAAAAUGAGAUAGUAGUUCAGCUAAACUCCACUUCUGUACCACAACAAUUAUGGAAUAACAUAUCAAAAAUUUUUUACAUCAGCUCUGUUAAAGAUGCCAAUUAUUUAUUUAGUUAAUAAUUGGCUGUUUAUAUUAUUUUAUUUAUUCAGAAGGUUAUAUGGUGGCUGUGGAAAGGUUGUUCAAUUUUGGGCAUCCAAACACACCAGAAAUUUCAACAACCAUUGCGCUUGACAUAUGUGUAUUCCAACCACUACUAUAUUAAACAUAUUUAUAUAUAUAUUUCUUGCUUUUGAUUUCAACCAUCCUCAUCAAUUAUUUAAUUAUCCAAACCCAAAUAAGCAGACAAAAGAUUAAUGGAGAAAAAUAGAAAAACACUUGGACCCGAGCCGCCAUUUGCAGGUUGUUGCAUGGAUUCGUCAAUUUCUAACCACGAGCCUCCGUGUAAGAGAACCUUAAAACACAUCACUUUGGGUCCAAGUCAACCGAAGGCAGCCAUUACCGUCUAUGCUCUAACUACUCCAUCACCCCAUCAUUAUUUUUCUAUGCCUUUUCACACACAACUCUCGUUCCUUCUUCCCCUCCACCAAUGCAGCCGCUCACCUCCCUCACCUUCACCAUCACCAUUUUCAUUUUCUUCGUCGACUUUAUGGCGUCGUUUCCCUCCAAUGACACUCUCUCCGGCUGCAACCAGACCUUCUCUUGUGGGAAUAUCACAGACGUCUACUACCCUUUCUCUGGCGGCCCACGUCCGCCAUCCUGUGGCUUGCCUGGCUUCCAACUUACUUGUGCUGACGAUUCCACCACUCUUCUAACAAUUAACUCGCUGACUUACAGAGUUAUCCAAUUGGACCAAAUCAGACAGACUAUGAUUCUGUCGCGAUCAGACCUCUACAAUUCUACAUGCACUCAGCAAUCAGCUAAUACCACUUUCAAUGGCACCCACUUCAGUCUGGCCUCCAACAAUGAAAUGCUUUCUCUGUUUUAUGGUUGCAACGAUUCUAUCAUACCAAUUAAGGCUGAAAACUUAUUCACUUGUGAAGUAGACGGGAAGAAAGACGCGUAUUACUUGUUUGGUCCGGUUCCCAGUGAUCCCAUUUUGAAUAUAUUUCAGUGCACUGUUACUAUGACGGUGCCAAUUCUUGUUAGUUUAGUCCAUAUUCUUGAGGCUAAUAGGUCCUUACUUGGGGAGGUUCUGAGGGAAGGGUUUAAUGUGAGUUAUAGGAAUCCUUACGCUGGUGAUUGUGCCAAGUGCUAUCGCAAGGGUGGGUUUUGCGGGUUCGGUGCAAGCUCUGAUAGUUUCCGUUGCAUUUGCGGUGAUCGGCCUUGCCCAGGAGGGAAAUCUAGCAAAGUUGGACUUGGAGUAGGAAUCGGUAUAGCAGGUGCAGCAGCUGUCUGUAUUGGUUUGGGGUGUUGGUUAUUGCUUAUCAGACAACGCAGGAAAAGAAUUGCUGCCCAAACAAAGAGUAAAGGCCAGCCUACACCUCCUUCAAGCAAAGGCGAGCCUGCACCAAUAAUUAAUUUCUCUCAAACCACCCCUACUUAUCCCUCUUUAAAUUCUGACCUUGAAAAGGGAAGUACCUACUUUGGAACUCGGGUAUUCAGCUAUGAAGAACUUGUUGAAGCCACGGACAAUUUCAACCCUUCGAAGGAACUUGGUGAUGGAGGCUUUGGCACUGUUUAUUAUGGUGUUCUCAACGAUGGGCGUGUGGUUGCUGUCAAGCGUCUAUUUGAGAACAAUAUGAGGCGAGCUGAGCAGUUCAUGAAUGAAAUUGAGAUCCUAACUCGUUUAAGGCACAAGAACCUUGUGUCACUGUAUGGAUGCACCUCAAAACGUAGCCGAGAAUUGAUCCUUGUCUAUGAAUAUGUUCCUAAUGGAACUGUUGCUGAUCAUCUUCAUGGAAACCGGUCCAAGUCUGGUUUGCUCUCUUGGCCUGUUCGGCUGAGCAUUGCCAUAGAGACAGCUGAUGCCCUAGCUUAUCUUCAUGCUUCAGAUGUCAUACACCGUGAUGUCAAAACCAACAACAUUCUGCUAAACAACAAUUUCCAAGUGAAAGUGGCUGAUUUUGGAUUGUCACGGUUGUUCCCCAAUGAUGUAACCCAUGUCUCAACUGCUCCACAAGGCACACCUGGCUAUGUUGAUCCAGAGUAUUAUCAGUGCUACCAACUCACAGAUAAGAGCGAUGUUUACAGCUUUGGUGUGGUCUUGAUUGAGCUGAUAUCAUCUUUACAGGCAGUGGACACUAACAGGCAUAGGCUUGACAUCAAUUUGGCCAACAUGGCAGUUAACAAAAUCCAAAAUCAUGCAGUAAAUGAGUUGAUAGAUCCAUGUCUUGGUUUUGAAAAGGAUUCUGCAGUGAGGAAGAUGGCAACAUCAGUUGCAGAAUUGGCUUUCCGAUGUCUGCAACAGGAGAGGGAUAUGAGGCCUACUAUGAGAGAAGUCUUAGAGGCACUGAAAAGAAUUGAGAAAGAAAAUUUUGUAUCAGAGAAAGCGGAUGUUGUGGAUAUUAAGGAGGAUGAUGUUGGGCUUUUGAAUAAUGUACCUCCAUUUUCACCAGACUCGAUUGGGACGACUGACAAAUGGGUUAGCAGCUCUACUACUACUACUACUACUAAUACUUCUAGUAGUUGAGAUUUGCCAUCCUUUUUUUUUCCCCCCAUUGAGUGGGUUAAAGUGUCACUAUCUUUCCAUUUGCUUGGUUUUGUUUUUAGUAGACUAAGUUCAGGCAGUGUACAUAUUGAAUCAUCGAUAACCAGUCGCAAUGUUAUUCUUCAAUGGGAUGUAUUUGUACCUCUUUAAUGGUGGUUUUGAAUAUAAUAUACAUUUGAGUUUUGACUCGGAGAA